AAAUUUUACGACAUCCUUCCAUGCUCUCAUGGAGCGACUUCGAUGCGGCGCAGUCUGCCAAGGCGCUACUUGAGGAGACAGGCAUCCUAUUUAGCGAGAAGAAAGCCACGCAGAAGCCUGAUGCAGAGCUGCAAAGGCCAAGAUCGCAGAAAAGUCGGCUCGUCAUUGCCGCCCGAGAUAUCGCACCGCUGCAAGCUUGGGCUUCCCUCGUCGAUGCCGCCGACAUUGCAGAUGAUGCAAUUUCUGAGCCGAGAUACUCGGGGCACGCCCUCUUGGACUGCCUUGCAAGGCUCAGUCUCGAGCCUGCCUUGACGCUCUCCAUCGCAAGACGCUUUGAGCCCGUGUUGAUCGACAUCGCAGCACGCCUGGUCUCUGAUAGUGUACCCGAUUCACCUGCGCCCGCUUCUACAGCUAGUCGGAGACAUGCUCUGCUCGCAUUUAUCGCGCUUGCUCGCUUUACCACCAUCACCGACAAUGUCAAUCUACUAUUCUUACGGCUUCUCACGCACCCUGCGCUUGCGGUGGACCCUUUUGGUCUCCUCGAGGCGCAAGACAGCGCGAUAUGGCUCGAACCCCUUUUGCUUGCGCUGCAUAGGUUGCUCGUCGCUUUGCCUACCCUGGUCAUGUUGCCUACCGUCGUGCCUCAAUGGUCACCGGCCUGUCCGCCGCCAGCCCUUCUCGAAGUCGCGCAGCAUCAUCCGCGCCGCUCUUUGCGUUUGCUUGCUUGGCGUGUCAUCAGACAAUGGACAGGCUGGCAGGCUGCACGGGCAGAGCAGCUCAAACGCGAAUGGGUCAUUCGUACAGAUGACAUCGCCGACCUGAACAUUACACUCGUGCCUGCCGCCAGUGACGAUCACGAAGAUGACUGGAUUAACUGGGAAGCAUGCACGAUAGGUCAGGCCAAGCUAGAGGAGUCGAGCGGAAAUUUCAGCAUCGCUAUCGAGCAUCAGUUCGCCGACGUCUGGGUCCUGCCAGCCCUCGAGACCUCUCUUGCGCGACCACACGAAUCGUUGCAUGCCGAGCGCAGAUCUCAUUGCCUCGAGAUAGACGAUCUCUCAUCCGUCACAGUCGACGUAUGCGGACAUCUCGAUGUAGCUCACGAUUGGCUCAUGUCCUCGUCGUCUUCACCAAUCGCAAGCACGAGCGCGCUGACGAUCGAUCAUUUUGUGCAUUCAGAAGCAACGGACAGGUCUCUGCGGUCGAGUGCCGCAUGUCUUUCACGAUCGACUCCCUUGCUGCUCUGUUCGCUACCGUCUGCUGGCAAGAUGACGAUGCUGCGUCAUCUGCGAGCCACUUUGCGGCCUCGUCUGCUCAACGAUGAUUUGCUAGUCAUCAAUCUGGCUGACAAGACCCUUGACGCCAAAUCUCUCCUUGGCUCCCUCUCAUCCUCGCCUACCCAACCAGGUUCGUUCGUGUUCGUCGAGGGUUCCCUGCCGAAAGCCAUGAGAUUGGGCCGUUGGCUCGUCCUCGAUGGUAUUCAGCAUGCUUCCGAGGACGUACUCAGCGUCAUCUCUGAAGUCGCAGAGCAAUGCCGAGAAGCUGCACUCAAUGGAUGCACUUGCCGGCCCAAGCUCGGGCUAGCAGCUUGCGCAAGCCUUCAUACCGGUCGAGCGCGCGUCACGGCUCGGCCGGACUUUCGCCUGAUCGCACUGCAUCCAGCAACAGAUGCGAAUCCUACCUUUCUGGGCGCUCAGUAUUGGAGCCGCGUAGAUCUUGCUUCGCCCAGUGAUGAUCAUUUGAGAGCAAUACUGGCUUCCAGCCAUCCCAAGCUUGCCUCAACCGAGCUUUUCAACAAAGUCUUGGCCGCUUAUGCCAGCCUUCAAGGAUUGGAUCACUCUCGCAACAAGCCCGCUACCCUCCGCGAUCUCACAAAAUGGUGUGCUCGCAUAGAACAAUCCUUGGCCGCCUUCUCGCUCGAUCAUGUUCAGGCAGCCGCAUUGACGAAUCCCGGCCUCUCGAGCGAUGUCUUACUCGACGCCUGCGACCUCUUCCUUGCGUCGAGUAGCUCUCGUGACCUGGCACGAGCGACGAUCCUUCAGCUUGCGCUUGCUGUCGAGCUCGAGGGCAUUGAGGCAGCUUUAGAUCGACGCGUGCCCGCAUUUCAUACGCCAAAGAGACCUGCAAGUGACAGCUCGACCACAGGACAGGCGUUACACGUCGGUCGCGCAAGGAUACCGUUGACAGCCUGGCCGGAUCAGAGCCUGUCCCAGCGUCCAUUUGCGCUGACCCGUCCCGCUUUGGUUCUGCUCGAGCGUAUAGCUCGGUGUAUAUCGACCGCAGAACCUGUCCUCCUCGUAGGCGAGACAGGCACAGGCAAGACUGCUGCGUGUACCUUCCUAGCGGCUUCAGUUGGACAUCCACUCAUCUCGCUCAAUCUAUCCAAUCAGUCGGAGACAUCUGAUCUCAUCGGCGGCUUCAAGCCCGUUGACCGUGAGGCCGAGGCGAAACAUGCUGCGCUCACGCUGGUCAACAUAUUCGUUGAGCUGUUUGGAUCCUUGUUCUCGCUCUCACGCAAUGCACAGUAUAUCAAAGCUGUGCAAGGUGCAUAUGACAAAGCAAGAUGGCAGCGCCUCGUCGGACUCUUCACUGAGGCCAACGCUCGCGCUCGCAAGCUCUUCGAAGCGAAGCCGAUGGCUAGCAAUAGGCUCGAUCCUGCGAAUUCGCCACCUCGCAAGACCAGUCGAUUAGAUGACGACAACAGACGGCGACAGGGCAAGAAAUGGCACAGCUUCCUUUCCCAAGUGCAAAGUUUUGAGGCUCAGUAUUGUUCGGGUCCGGCAAAAGGUAGCAAGGUCGCAUUCCGCUUCGUCGAAGGACCCUUAGUAAGAGCAAUCCGUGAGGGUCACUGGAUCUUGCUGGACGAGAUCAAUCUGGCUUCCGCGGAGACCUUGCAAGCGCUGGCCGCACUUCUUUCGAGCGCAACGAGCUCACUCACGUUGACCGAGAAAGGCGAUCUCGAGCCUGUCCAGCGACACCCGAACUUUCGUUUAUUGGCCUGUAUGAAUCCGGCGACCGAUGUCGGCAAGCGCGACCUACCACAUUCGCUUCGACUUCGCUUCACCGAAAUCUUCGUGGACGCACCUGACAAAGAUGCUGCAGCACUGCGUUUGAUCGUCAGCGACUACAUUCAGACCGUUUGCAUGAGCGACAAGGCUGUCAUUGCAGAUGUUGCAGAGACGUACACAGAUCUACGUGCAAUGUGCGAAGCAGGUUUGCUCGCAGACGGCCAGAAUCAGCCGCCGGUCUAUUCAAUGCGAACGCUGGCACGAUCGCUUUCGUUUGCGCUGGCCACGCACAGCUUUCUGCGCAUUAGGCAGGCUCUCUGCGAGGGAAUCAUUCUCGCAUUUGGCAUGCAUCUCGAUAGCGCGAGUCGGCAGAAGCUUUUGUCAUUACUUAACCGCAAGCUCUUGCUUGGCCGACAGAGCCGCGCGCCAGCAGCAACCUUUCCCAAAGGCAUCGGAGCUGUCCAAAUUGGCAACUAUUUCGUCGAGCGCGGACCCGAGCCAGAGAUUACAGCAGAUCAUCCUUACGUCCUCACGCGAUCCGUACAAGAGAAGCUCGGCGAUCUUGCACGUGCAGUUUUUCUGCGACAUGUGCCUGUCCUGAUUCAAGGUCCGACGUCAAGCGGCAAGACAAGCAUCAUCGAGCAUCUUGCUCAGCAAACCGGCCACAAAUUCGUGCGCAUCAAUAAUCAUGAGCAUACUGAUAUACAAGAAUACAUCGGCACCUAUGUGUCCGAUGCGACUACUGGCAAGCUCGUCUUCAGAGAAGGCCUCCUCGUCAAUGCCCUCAGACUGGGACAUUGGAUUGUGCUCGACGAGCUCAAUCUUGCACCGUCGGACGUUCUCGAGGCACUCAAUCGCUUGCUUGAUGACAAUCGGGAACUGAUAAUCCCUGAGACUCAGGAGGUUGUGCGACCACAUCCGCACUUUAUGCUCUUCGCGACGCAGAAUCCGCCCGGCGCGUAUGGCGGCCGCAAAGUUCUCUCGAGAGCGUUUCGCAAUCGCUUCCUCGAAUUCCACUUCGAUGACGUGCCGUCGGAUGAGCUGCAGCAGAUCCUGUAUCAACGUUGUCGCAUGGCGCCCUCUUGGGCGACGAAGAUCAUCGACGUUUUCGCGGAGCUGCAGAGACAAAGGCAAGCAAUGCGUAUCUUCGAGCAGAAAUAUGCUUUCGCAACCCUGCGGGAUCUCUUUCGGUGGGGCGAUCGUAGCCUGGCUUUUACCAGCUACGAAGAACUUGCGAUGGCUGGCUUCGAGCUCAUCGGUGAGCGCGCUCGUUCGCCUACCGAUCGCGAUCUCGUUCGAUCUGUCAUCGAGAGCGUCUUCAAGGUAACUCUGAAUCCAACUGCCAGUUAUGACCGGGCGAUUGAGCAGGCUGCUCGAGGACUGGACAAAACCUCGCUAGUCUGGACGUCGGCUAUGAAGAGACUCUUCGCUCUGGUGGAGGCCGCACUACGCAAUCAUGAGCCGAUCCUGCUCAUCGGUGAGACUGGCUCCGGCAAAACGUCUGUCUGUCAGGCACUUGCGCAACGAUUUGGCCAACAACUGUUCACGGUGAAUCUGCAUCAGAACACAGAGACGUCGGAUCUUCUCGGCGCGCAACGGCCUGUACGCUGUAGAGCUGCGAAUCAUGCUGCGCUUGUCGACGAUCUUUGUGUGCUCAUGCCGGAUAUACGCCUUGACAGCAGCCCUGAAGAUGUCGCUCGGGCGCUCGAAGCGGCAGCGGAAGCACAACUGCUACCGCUGCAAGAGAUCGAGCAGUUGCGUAUUCGCAAUGCGCAAGCCGAUGCGCUGUUUGAGUGGCAUGACGGUCCGUUAGUGCAGGCCAUGAAGCAGGGCGCUCUCCUUCUGCUCGACGAAAUCUCGCUCGCCGACGACUCAGUCCUGGAGCGACUCAACAGCAUGCUCGAGCCGGCUCGUACGCUUCUGCUGGCUGAGAAAGUAGAAUAUGGUGCGGACCUCAAUAUAGUCACCGCUUCACCGGCGUUCAACAUUAUCGCCACGAUGAAUCCUGGUGGUGACUUCGGCAAGAAAGAGCUCUCGCCAGCCCUGCGCAAUCGAUUCACCGAGAUCUGGGUACCCUCAGUCACAGACCACGCUGAUUUGAAAGCCAUCGUCGAUACCCGAUGGAGAGAUGGCAGUCUGCGUACCCUGACCGAUGCGAUUCUCUCCUUCUCAGCCUGGUUCUCUGUCAGCCCAGGUGGAUUUGCCGUCACUCUGCGCGAUACUCUCGCCUGGGCGGAUUUUGUGAACGCAACUACGCCCCGGCUGGAGGUGUCAAUCGCCGCCGUACAUGGCGGCUUGAUGACUCUUGUGGAUGGAGUUGGCGCACACUCAUCCACUGCGGGUGCAUCUCAUGCCUAUAUCGCUCAGUCUCGUAUUGAGGCUCUCAAGCGGCUUCUCCAGACUUUUCAAGUUAGCUCAGAGCACGUCAGCGAGGACGGAAUCAUCGUAAAGCUCGAGACCGCCACUCUCAGCGUAGGCAGCUUUGCUUUGUCACGCAGCGACGCGCAGGUUGCAACAAUUACACACAACCUACUCGCGCCAACGACAUUGAAAAGUGCCCACAGGGUUCUGCGAGCGCUACAACUGCCCAAGUCUUUGCUGCUCGAAGGUAGUCCCGGCGUUGGCAAGACAAGUCUGAUCCAAUCGUUGGCCGCAAUCGCCGGCAAACCGCUGUGCAGAAUCAAUCUUUCGGAUCAGACUGAUCUUGCGGACCUCUUCGGUAGCGAUUUACCGUCAAGCAAUGGUAAAGCUGGCGGCCCCGCCUUCGCGUGGUGCACGGCACCCUUCCUGCAUGCCAUGGAGCACGGUCAUUGGGCAUUGCUAGACGAGAUGAAUCUCGCAUCUCAGUCGGUCCUGGAAGGGCUCAAUUCUUGUCUGGAUCAUCGAGGCACCGUCUUUGUGCCAGAACUUGAUCGCACUUUUGUUCGGCACCCAGACUUUCGCAUCUUCGCCGCUCAAAAUCCGGUUGGCCAGGGCGGCUCCCGAAAAGGCCUGCCGAAGUCAUUUGUCGACCGGUUCACACGGGUUUAUAUGGACGAUCUGACAACACAGGAUCACUUGACAGUUGCUAUGCAAGCUAGACCGACUUUCGGAACGACCGAGGUCGAGCGCAUCGUCCAUGCUGUCGAGCAGCUUCAGCGUGCUACAGCGACUGGCCAUAUCGGCCGCCAAGGCGGCCCAUGGGACCUCAAUCUGCGCGACGUGAUUCGUUGGUUCGAUCUGCGUGCCCAGCAUACGUUCUGCUCAUCCUCUCACCUCGCAUCCGCCUUGCUCGUACAGCGAUUCCGCACAGCGCGAGACCGGGACCAGGCUCGUCAGAUAAUACAAGCUUGUGGCUUGAUCACGUGCAAGACCGAGCCACAUCGUCUGACCCGCGUUGGCAAUUCAUAUGUAAGGCCUGGCCAGGCGCCAUUUGAUCGUCAAGACGCGACAACCGACCGAGCAAUGCUCCAUCGAUGUCAGCGAUCAGAUUUUGCACACGAAGAGGCUUUUGAGGCCUUAUCUCUGACGCUCUCGCAGCAAUGGCUAUGUGUUCUUGUCGGCUCAAGUGCCAGUGGUAAGAGCAGUCUUGCUCGCCGCUACGUCUCGCUCACCGGUCAAUCUGCGUUGUGGUGCUGGGCAAGCCCUCAGAUGGAUACAUCGGAUCUUCUUGGCAGCUUUCAGCAAGACAGUGCAUCAGGCCAGAAGGAGCGUCAGCUUGUCGACGUACGCGAUCAUCUCUCGUGUAUUGCCAACGCCCCGUUGACUCCUUCAACAUCGCUCAAAUUGUCCGCCAAAUGUGAGCACUUCCUAAGGCUUUUGUCUCGAGCGCCCGAACACGAUAGCAUUCCCGGAAUUGAGCGGGUAUACGGCGAAAUCAAGUUACUGUCAGACUCGGCAACGAACUGGGCAAAAUUGGACUCUGCCGUCCGACGUUUAUGCAUGCCUCCACGCUCGACCUCUGGCUUUGUCUGGACCGACGGGCCUCUCAUUCAAGCAAUGCGCAACGGCGAUCUCUGCAUUCUGGAAAACGCCAAUCUUUGCAAUGCAUCGGUACUCGACCGAUUAAACUCACUCUUUGAGCCUAACGGUUUUGUCGUUCUUGCUGAGCGUGGUACCUCAGCCGAGGGCCCACAGCGCAUCAUUCCCCAUUCUAACUUUCGCGUAAUCAUGACUAUCGACCCCAAAUACGGCGAGCUAUCGAGAGCUAUGCGCAAUCGCGGCGUCGAAAUAUUCUGUACACCUGUCGAGCCGUGCCACGGACUAGAUAUCUGCACGGCAAUAGACGGCAGCUUAUCGCGCGUCAUGUCCACCCGCGCCUUCGAUCCAUCUGCAUCUCCCCCAAGUCGCACGUAUCAGGCUAUAGCUGCCACUCCGCCUUCUGACCAGGCAUUGCUUCUGCGCUGCAUGACUGCAUUCACCGCAGCCUCGCAAAUUGUCGUUCAAGAGACACUAGCUCAUUCGUUCGUACGAGCCUACGGACAAGCUGCAAGGGAGACACAUCAGGCGCUCGAUCUCUACAUCGAUCAGCCUGUGGAAAGCGUGAUACACGCCGCCACACAAAGUGAUGCGCUCCUCGCGCUGGUCGGAAUCUUCAACAGCAAUACGCGCCGGCUGCAACUCGGAGGAAGUUUGCACAAUGCUUGCAUAUUAGCACGCUCUUUCGAAGGAGGGAAGCAGCUUGGCGAGCAAAGUGACCCGCUCCUUGCAGGACUCUUCCCUUUCCUCUCUGCCCUAUUCGACUACCUCAGUGUCGCUAUCGCGUCGUGGCAAGAUACCCUUGCGGACCCCUCUCUCCGUCCAAUGCGACGACAGCUCCAACCAAUACUUGACUAUGCACUCGAAAUCGAGAGGCUCUGCCUUUCAGAUACAGCGGAUACCUCCUCAUUACGUAUCAUAAUCGAGUGGAUCGAACAAAACUUUCGACAAACCGUCAUCACGCCGAUCCUUGAGGUAGCCUUUGCACGACUCCGAGGGUCAAUGACGCUGCGUACAGGCCUACGUAUGGGUACCAUUUGGUCUUGUUUCCUGCCACCGCGGGUAGCUAUCGGCGAGCAACAUUUCAACAUAUUUGAAAGGGUAUGGCAAGCGGCCGGCAAAGCUCGCAAACGAACGCUUUUGGAGCUGCAUCGCAUCGGCAAGACUAGCGAGCUCACCGUUGGCGAACAGCGACAGAUCUCGACGCUCGCGGACGAACUCAAGGCUGAUGCGACGCAUUCCAUUAGGCGAAGCGGCUCUCACCCCGCUGUGCUCAGCGCUUGGAACGCAGCAGAAGGCAUCACAGCAGCGACGCUGCUGCUCAAAUCCACAAGUGCUGCGCUGACCUCUCAUCGUGGCAAGGCAUCUGACCUCGUAGAGCUGGCCAUUCAAAAUCUCCGCAUGCCACUCGCAUUGCUAUCGCCGUUCGCCGGCCACGUGAUCUCGCGAGACGCCGCGAAUACGAUGGAUAUCGACGGACGUUACACUCGGCAGGAGAUGCAGAUCAACGCGCUCGAAUGCCUCAGCGGGCGCGCAGUCGUCGAGGAAGGCGAUCGUUCGUACACCGCUCUCACUUGUGCAACCUUCAACAUCGUUCCUGCCUUCCUCCGAGCGACUGAGCACGAAACCGUCAUUAACUUGUGCGACGUGUCGGCAUGGAAGGGGCAAUUGCAUAGUAUGGCAAGGCUCUUGCUGGCAACUGUCGACCACACGACGACAGCUGAUGCGCUAUCGAGUUUGGCGUGCAGCUUGAUUGAGGAGAUCAUCCGAGCUGCAGGAAUGACAUCAGAAGCGCUUGAUUCAGAGUCAUCCAACGCGCUCGAUGAGGACGACGCAAAGGUCCGAACUAUCUUGCAGCAUCACCUACACGACAUCUUGCACCACGUGCCUGAUUCAUCAGAUCUCUGGCAUAUCGCAAAAAGGUUCUUCGCCGCGGCCCAGUCCCUUUGGGAGCUCUACGUCCCCGAUUUUGAUUUGGAUCCCUUAGUGCAGACUUGGACUCGUCGACGCUUCCUUCAGCAACGUCUCGAUAGUCACUGUGACAUGCAGGAUGCGCUGCUUCUCAGCGACAGCUUCGGGUACACAGACUCGGGCCGGAGGAUUGAUGACUUCAACGGCGAAAUCGAGCGCGACCGAGACGAGAUACUUGCUCUGCCAGCUCCACCUCUAGAUCGCGAGCCUGAUGCAGCGUCAUUGGCGCUCUUCUUCCGCGAUGUGAGAAGUAUACAAAGCUUGGUGCUGAGCACCUCCUUAUCUGAUCUUUUCGAAUCAUCCAAGCAAGGGACCAUCAUCGACGCCCAGAAGCGGAUCGAUACGAUGACGGACUCGCUUGCGGCAGCACAUUCCCGCAUAGCUCGUUCGCAUCGAUUCCAGCCAGAUCUUGGGCGUCCGAUACUUUUGGCUCUGUCUGCGCUACAAGUGGCGCUCUUCACGCUGAAAUCACACAUAGUGCUCGAGAGACCGACAGAUGGUGAGCACGCAGCCGCCCAAAAGCUUCUCAAGCUGGUAUAUAGGCUUCCCAUGUCAAUAACAUCGUCCGUAGAUCUGCCAACAUUGCCUCGGAUCAGUCAGCGCAAUAGCGCUGUUUGGCAGAUAUGUCGAGUUGGGUUCCUGGCUCACUUUCAGAUCAUUAGCAUCCCAGAUGCAGCCGAUGCAAUUGCUGCCAGCUAUGCAAAGCUGCUGGCGAUACGAAACGCCGACGAGUCGCGCGCGGAACAAGCUGAAGCUGACAAGACAUCGCUGUAUCGCUAUAAAGACACUGCGUCAGGUCUUAGUGAAGCGGACGAACUUGAAGCCGAACUUGCACAGCUCUUUCCGACCUACGAAGCAACGGACGUGCUCAAUGAGAUUCGCACACAAGAAUUGUCAAGCGAAGCGAGCUUUGCUGCGGCGGAUGUAGAUCUCAUCCAUAAGAUUCACCUACGACUGUUCGGUCUCGAUCCUGAAAAUGUCGCACUCCUUGACAGCCUGACUACGCUUCGCGAGCGAGACGACAGGAUUAUGCGAGUUCUGGUCAAUGAUCUUGCCGGCGCAAGUUCGUCAGACUUUGAGGCGCCCAGUCUUGCCAGCGGUCUGUCUUUUCUCAGCUUGGCACUUCGCAACGCCGGGUCAGUCGAUGCAGAUUUCUAUCGUGGCUCGAAUGCAGCCGAGCUGUCCAGGCUUGUACCCGUCAUCAAGCCCCUGCAAGGCCGUCUGGCGGAACUUAUCAGAGACUGGCCGGAUCAAGUCAUCCUUCAGACGAUCCAAGAGCGCUGUGACGGCUUGCUCAAUCUCGCAUAUGCCUGUCCCGUGGCGCGCGCACUGUCCUAUCUGGAGCAGAUGCUGCCCUUACUCGACGACUGGGCCGGCUAUGCGAGUAAGGCGGUCAGCUUGGCAGAACAUCAGGCAGCGAUCAGUCAACUCAUCAUCGACUGGAGGCGGCAAGAGCUAUCAGCGUGGACGAGACUUGUCGAGCGAGAGAUUGCGGCAUGCGAGUCUGCUGUCGCGCCUUGGUGGUUCAAGCUACUAGCUGUGAUUACAAGCGUGCCAAGUGGACUGCCGGAGCAGCAUGCACAUCUCCGCGAGCUGAUCAAACUUAUCGACAUAUUUCUAGGGCAGGCCCCCGUUGGUCAAUUCGAAGCCCGUUUGCGACUUGUCGAUUCGUUCGCGCGAUACGCCGAAAAGACGCGUGACGAACGUGUCACACGCAUCUUGCGCAAUCUCUCCCACUUCUAUGCGCACAGCCUCGGUAAGACCACCCAAGUCGUACAGCAGGCGCGAUCGAGCGUAACAGCCGAGAUCAAUAGCAUUAUCAAGCUUGCCAGCUGGAAAGACACGAAUACGCACGCGUUGCGCACGAGCGCUCAAAAGAGUCACAGGCAGCUUCACAAGUUGGUGCGCAAGCUACGUGCUCGACUCAACGAAUCAGUCGGCCCUCUGCUUAGCAGACCAGGCAUCCCGGAGCUGAGUUCCACGAGCAUCUCUGUAUUCAGGCAACGGGAGCGCUCUUUCGAGCUCUUGUUUGUCAUACAACCGCCCGCAAGCCUCCCACCUCAUGUCUUUUCACUCGAGCAGACAUUGCACCGUUUCGACAAGCAGACCGACUCGUUGUCAUCAUCGCCGUUGUAUCAGCUCGAUGGUCUAUGCGACCUUGUUCAGCAAAUCCGCCAAGAGUCUAAGAGCUUGAGGGAGACACAGCUCAUCGGCGGCAAAGAAGAGCACGCUCAGAUGGCAAAGAACCUGAUUCGUCUCAAGCGCCGGGCCUGGGCUGCCUUGCUGAAGGAGCUGCGCCGCUCUGGGCUGGCGCAGAGCGUUAGCGAAGCUGCAGCAUUGGCUGUCAGUGAUUCGGUCAACAUUCACUCUACAGGCACGCUGCAAACCGAAAGCGCCUACCUUUCAGUUGAUCACACUGUCAUCGAAAAAGCCGAUCGAGCUUUUCAUGAGCUCGUGUCAUCCUUGCCAUCGCUGCGCGGCCUUCCAGGCGAGCACCACGAAGACAUAAGCUCGCGAGAUCUCUCGCGCGCGAUUGGCAGCGUUGAUACUGCUUUCGCGAUGAUCUUACGCGAUCGCGAUGCGCUGUCAGCGGUCAUCAGGCCAACAGAGAUCAUCGAAACAGCUAUCUCCAUUCUUCCUAGCUUUGCUGCUGCAGCGCCUGGGGCAAGUUGCCAGCUAAGCAUCGGGGACGUGUGCAAACAAACGAGCGUCAUACUCGGCGAAUUGCUCGAUGCCAGACGCAUCGCUCAAGAUCACACCACGCUCGAGCUGCAGAAUCAAGCCCUACUUUCCAGUCUAGCGGUCGACCUCUCGCGUCUAAUCAAUGACUGCCUGAGACAUCGCGACCGGUUGACCGGCCUGCGAGACGACUAUGCGCGACUCAGUUUAUCAGUGAUUGCUGACUCGCAUACCUUGCUCAUGAUCGAAGCAGUAGAGUAUCUACAUGUCACUCGGACGACGGUGCAAGGAUGGCUCUCGGCUCUGCCGACGUGUGCGUAUGUCUUGCGCAAUUUGUCAGAGAGCCUUCGAGCUAUAGACCAAUGUUCGUCCACUCCCGCUCCGAUUCGACCGUCGGUUGCAGAUGUCUGGUCGGCGCAUGUCCUCCUCACCAACAGCGUACUCGUCGUUUCGCAGAAUUUGACAGCAAAGAGGCAUCUGGCUGGCGACGAAUCCCAAAAUCUCACUAUCGUGACUCACGACACGGCGCUCCGCACCUCUGUCGCGGAACUGCGUCUCAGCGAGAUCGCGGCUGCAGUUUCUCGACUUUGCGAGAGCGCCUCAGCGGCUGCGCGAGUGUCUUCGAGCACCGUCAAGUCUAUUCUUGCUCGUUCUCUGCCUAUAUUGCAGGCCUAUCGAGAUUUGGCAGACGUCGUGAUCGCUCAACAUGUCAAAUAUCAUCUCGCUCUACUCGAUCUGGUCUUGCUCGUUGGCGUGAUCACACGCGAGCUCGCUCAGCGCGGCUAUUGCAAGCCGAGCGAAGAUGACGCAGAGCAGGACGCAGGUGCCCAAGAGCAGCAAUCAGAUGGCACUGGCAUGGGCGACGGUACCGGCGCGACGAAUGUCGGCGAUCAGAUCGAGAAUGAAGAACAGAUUGAGGGGCUGCAGGACGAGGAGCCGCAGGACAAUGACGACGAGGUCGACCAAGAUAAAGGCGGUGCGCUCGAAACCGAAGCUGGUGCAGACGGUCGAGAGAUGUCGAUAUCCGACGAGUCUGACCAAGAAAGUGGCUCUGGUGACGACGAAGAAGAAGACCGAGCUGAGGCAGCUGACGAAGAAGGGGACGUGGACCCGCUUGACCCGGAUGCCGUCGACGAGAAGAUGUGGGGCGACGAUGAGGACACCGAUAAGGACGGAGAAGAAGCGCCGGCACAAGCCGGACAGGAAGACGGUCCCUCUGACGAUGUCGGCGCAAAGAACGAUACGAAGGAGCAGAAGUCUCAGGACAACAAUGGAGAGACAUCAGAGCCGGACGAUCAAAACGAGCGUGAGCAAGAUGACGUGGCCGCAGAGCAGCCAGAACCUGAGCUACCCAUCGAUCAAGGCGAGACGCUCGACCUGCCCGACGAUGUCAACCUAGAGGCUGCAAUGCAAGACGACAAUAUCUCGCUGUCGAGCGGCGAAGAUGCUGCGGAAGACAAGCCGGAUGAUACAGCGGCGCAGGCCUCGGAUGCAGAGAUGGACGCGAACGACUUGCCUGACGCAGAUGCGGAGGCAGGCUCGCCCACAUUGGACGACGCAUCCGAUACGCAAGUACACGAUGAGUGUGAUGCGACGAACGAAGCUCAGGAGGAGAGCAAAGAUGCAGAACAAGAGACGACUGGCAAGCUUUGCGCCUCCAUCUGCGCUUCGCUGCCAGAUAUCGAUGCACCCGAACAAAAUGACGAGGAAGUAGUCGACCAAGAGCAAACAGCUGACGAGCUGGCGCCUGCCCAUGCGCCGGCCUCGGCAGAUCUGGAGGGCGCAAAGCAAGCCCAGGACAGCGCGGCGAGUGGCGGUCAUGACGGCGCAGAUGCUGAUGCAAGUGCUCAAGUACCUUCCGGGGAAUCAACAAGCAUCAACGAGACCGCUGCCGACCCUACCACAAACGACAGCAUGGUCACGCAAUCCGAGGCUGCAGCUGAGCGCCAAGGAGGCUCCCGCACAGCGGAACAGCAGCAAGACGACAUGGCCAGUCAGGACGAAGAUGACGCAACUGAGCAAACGCGAUCUACGCCCCAUCGCAGCUUGGGCGAUGCGCUCAGAGCAUGGCGAAGACAGCUCAAUAUGCCUGCACAAGCCUCCGACGGCCUAGACGAGGGUCUGGAGCAUCCGCCAAAGGCAGUCGCCGACGAAGACGAUGUAGACAUGGAGUAUCUUGACGAGCAAGAUCGAGAUCAUUCACAGGCUCUGGCGCCCGCGAGCGAGCAGCAAGCGCUUGGCACAGGACCAGUCGCCGCGAGUACAAAAUCAGCUUUGACGGGCCAGAUGGACUUUGACGAGGAGCCAGAAGAGGCUACGGCUGACGUUCAGGACGAAGCUUCCACGCGGAUAGCUCCUGAGCGGCCCGAGGCUGGCUCAGCAGGAAUCGACGCAGCAGAGUCGAAGAGAGACACAGCUGACGAUGCACAAGCAUCAGUCAAUGGCACAGCACAAGCUGAGAUCGAAAGCGACGAUAGCGAGCAUAGUAUCAGGUACGAUAACGAUGCAGUAGUGACAUCGCUGGAAGCAGGCUUGUCGGGCGAAGAGCAAUGGCAAGAGUUCAACAGGGAAACGCGGGAUCUGUGCUUCAGCCUCACCGAGCAGCUUCGCCUCGUCCUGGCUCCCACGCUCGCCACGCGUUUGCAAGGUGAUUACAGGACUGGCAAACGACUUAAUAUGCGCAAGAUCAUCCCUUACGUCGCUUCCGAUUUUGCAAAGGACAAGAUCUGGCUUCGACGGACCAAGCCAAGCGCGCGAGACUAUCAAAUAUUGCUCGCCCUAGACGACUCGCGCAGCAUGUCAGAAUCAAAUUCUGUCCGGCUCGCUUUCGACGCUCUUGCGCUCAUCACGGGCGCCUUGACGCGUUUGGAAGCGGGCGACGUCGCGAUCUGUCGAUUUGGCAAAGAUUUCGAGCUUCUGCGAGACUUUGACUCUGGACCUCUUACCGACUCAGCCGGCGGAAAGCUCGUGGACGCCUUCACUUUCCAGCAGGAGUCUACGGAUGUUCGUCAGCUACUGAACAAGAGUCUGGAAGUCUUCAGUGCAGCACGCGAGAGACAGCAAUCGAAGAGAUCGGUCGGAUCAUCUGCGAGCGUCUGGCAGCUUCAGAUCAUCAUUUCGGACGGUCUCUGCCAGGACUUGGACGCGAUCUCAGCCUUGCUACGCAAAGCGAACUCCGAGCGCAUCAUGGUAGUCUUUGUCAUCAUCGACUCUCUUCGAUUGAGACCCAGCGCGGAUGGCACGCCCUCUGCCAACUCUAUCAGGAACACCUCAUCGGUCUCAUACAGCGCCGGCCCAAGUGGCGCACUCGAGCUCAAGAUGACCCGCUAUCUCGAUUUGUUCCCCUUUGAGUGCUACAUCAUCUUGCAAGACGUCCUAGAGCUACCCGAGGUGCUGAGCCAGACAGUCUGUCAAUUCUUCGAGCGCGUAUGUUUGCAAACUCAGGGUCUCCUGAUUCCUACUGACGUAGACCUCUCAGGUCAAUGCUGA